AAUAUAAAAUGGAUCGUUUAAACCCAUCAUCCAAAGAUUGUAUUGUUCCUCUAAUUGAAGAAAAUUCUCCUUGUAUUUGUAAUAAAUAAUAUAAUAUUAUUAGAAAGCAACAAACAAGAGAUUGAUUCACAAUUUUUAUUACCACAAUUUACAUAGAUGUUCUAGAAUCCUGAUCUUCUACUUUAAACUGUUUAAUUAGAAUAAUUGAAGCUAUAAGCACAAUUUUAUUCUUAAAUGAAUAAUCUACCACUUAUUACUGAUGAACCUAGAGUAGUUGAUUUAUUUACUCAACAACUUUUGUAAUAAUAACUAAUGAUUAAUGCAGCUCUACUUAAUCAAUUUCAAGUAAUUUAAAUUUUCUAAUCUAGGGUGUAGAAAAUGCUAACUAAAGUUAAACUAAGGAUUUAGGUGAUAAUAAAAUUAAAAGAAAACAUAUUAAAAAAUCACACAAUCCAUAAUUUAAUACAGGUAUUUCUAAUUAUUAUUAUCAAUAGGACAUUGGAGUGCUUAAGAACAUUAAGUUUAUUUGAAUUUUUUAGAAUAACAUAGAGAAGUCAUGGAAAGUUCUGAAUUAAAAAAAACAAACAAAAUCUUCAAAUUAAUGUCUGAUAUCAUUAAAAGUAGAUCACCUUCUUAAUGUAGAUCCCAUCAUUAAAAAUUCAAUCCUUAUUCAAAAUACUUAAUUAAUGUAUUAAUUAUUAAAAUAUUUUAGAAUAAUAUUGUUCGCAGAAAAAUGAAAGAAUAAUCAAAGGAUAUCUAAUAAUAAUAAUAAUAGUAAUAAAUUUCUGAAAAUGAAAAUAAUCAUUAAUAAUAAUCUCAAGAAUCUAAUUUAAAAAUUGAGUUCUAAUAGUAAUUAUAGGAUUCUAAAAUUGAAUCAUAAUAAUAAUUCUAAGAUUCUAAUAUUAAAGAAGAUUAACAAUUAUCUGGUGGAUAGAAUUGA